GCUCUACUGCCCUGCCCUCUCUCCACACCGCCCCACUACUGCCCCUCCACAUCCAGCUGUCACAAUGCCGCUCCACCUCAGAAUGGUCAUCACCUAAAGAUUCCCAUGCGUCCAGUGAGCGACGAGUCGGACGGACCUGCUCCUCCUGUAAGCUUCUCGCGCCCCCACCCCCCAGUGGGCCCCCUACCCACCUCUGAGAUGUCCCUGCUCCACUCGCUGGGCCCAGUGCAGAACUGGCUGGGCCAGGAGCUGGAGAAGUGCGGGAUCGACGCCCUGAUCUACACCCGCUACGUCCUCAGCCUGCUCCUGCACGACAGUUACGACCUGCAGGAUCAGGUGGGUUUCCAGCAGUAGCAAUGUGUUGUUUAAACAUGAUGGUAUCUAGUUCCCCCACUUGGUUAAAGCAAUAUCAGUUCCCAUUGGUUGUAGUGACCAUAUCAUUGUGACAAGAAGGGAAAGGGGAUACCUAGUCAGUUGCACCAACUGAAUGCAUUCAACCAAAAUGUGUCUUCCACAUUUAACUCAACACCUCUGAAUCAGAGAUCAUAACAAGGCAAGCCAAAGGCAGUGCCUAAAGUUAUUUAUAAGAGAUCGUACACAAAAUGUUUUCUCAGGACUCUUUUGUUGAAGAUGUAUAAAAUGUAUGUUGGUCUGAUGUAUAUAAGGAGGAGAAUACAGAUGCAGUAUUUGUAUAAUUAUUCUUGCCAAUUGUUGGCGAACAUGCACCUGUUUUGAGAAACUCUGUGAGAACUGUUAGAGCCCCCUGGAACGCUGAUGAAUUGAAAAAUGUUAUGGUUCAAAGAAAUUAUGCAAAAAAAGGUGGCAAACAAGUCAGGCUGCUCAGCUGAUUAGUUGACAUACCGUCAAUUGAGAAAUUUUGUGACUAAACUUAACAAAAAAAUGAAAUUAUAUUACCAAAACAAGAUAAAUGACAUAAAAAAACUAUGGAGAAAAAAAAACAUUAACUUAAAUUUUAUUAUGGGCAGAACACACAAUUAAUCUCCAUGAAUUUAAGUUGAUGGGUCAUUUAUAACAACCGUUUGAUAUACAGUGCCUUAAGAACUUAUUCACACCCCUUGAUUUAUUCCACAUUUUGUUACAGCCUGAAUUCAAAAUGGAUUAAAUAUACUUUUCUCUCGCGCAUUUUUAAAAACAUUUUUAGUCAUUUAGCAGAUGCUCUUAUUCAGAGCGACUUAGUUAGUGAGUGCAUACAUUUUCAUACUGGCCCCCCGUGGGAAUGGAACCCACAACCCUGCCGUUGCAAGCGCCAUGCUCUACCAACUGAGUUACACAGGGCCAACUACGCAUCUACACACAAUACCCCAUAAUGACUAAGUGAAAACAUGUUUUUAGAAAUUUAUUGAAAAUAAAAUGGAUACUUUUGUAUAUAUAGUGUAUGUGGACACACCUUCAAAUGAAUGGAUCCGGCUAUUUCAGCCACACCCGUUGCUGACAGGUGUAUAAAAUCGAGCGCACAGCCAUGCAAUCUCCAUAGACAAACAUUGGCAGUAGAAUGGCCUAACUGAAGAGCUCAGUCACUUUCAAUGUGGCACCGUCAUAUAAUGCCACCUUUCCAACAAAUCAGUUCGUCAAAUUUCUGCCCUGCUAGAGCUGCCCCGGUCAACUGUAAGUGCUGUUAUUGUGAAGUGGAAACGUCUAGGAGCAACAACUGCUCAGCUGUGACGUGGUAGGCCAGACAAGCUCACAGAAUGGAACCGCUGAGGGCUGAAGCGUGUAGCGUGUAAGCAAUGUCAGCACAAUAACUGUUCAUUGGGAGGUCAUGAAAUGGGUUUCCAUGGCCGAGCAGCCCCACACAAGCAUAAGAUCACCAUGCAGAAUGCCAAGCGUCGGCUGGAGUGGUGUAAAGCUCGCCGCCAUUGAACUCUGGAGCAGUGGAAACGCGUUCUCUGGAGUGAUGAAUGAAGCUUCACCAUCUGGCAGUCCGACGGAAGAAUCUGGGUUUGGAGGAUGCCAGGAGAACGCUACCUGCCCGAAUGCAUGCCAACUAUAAAGUUUGGUGGAGGAGAAAUAAUGGUCUGGGGCUGUUUUUCAUGGUUCGGGCUAGGCCUCUUAGUUCCAGUGAAGGGAAAUAUUAACGCUACAGUAUUCAAUGACAUUCUAGACGAUUCUGUGCUUCCAACUUUGUGGCAACAGUUUGGGGAAGGCCCUUUCCUGUUUCAGCAUGAAAAUGCCCCCGUGCACAAAGCAAGGUCCAUACAGAAGUGGAACGCCCGACUGCGAGCCAGGCCUAAUCUCCCAACAUCAGUGCCCGACCUCACUAAUGCUCUUGUGACUGAAUGGAAGCAAGUCCCUGCAGCAAUGUUCCACAAUCUAGUGGAAAGCCUUCCCAGAAGAGUAGAGGCUGUUAUAGCAGCAAAGGGGGGGACCAACUCCAUAUUAAUGCCUAUGAUCUUUGAAUGAGAUGUUCGAGCAGGUGUCCACAUACUUUUGGUCAUAUAGUGUAUCUAAUUUAUACAAGUAUUCCCACCCCUGAGUCAAUACUUUGUAGAAGCACCUUUUGGCAGUGACUACAGCUGUGAGCCUUUCUGGAUAAGUCUAAGAGCUUUGCACACCUGGAUUGUACAAAAUAUGCCCAUUUUAUUCUUUUUACAAUUCUUCAAGCUCUGUCAAGUUGGUUGUUGAUCAUUGCUAAACGGCUAUUUUCAAGUCUUGCCAUAGAUUUUAAAGCCGAUUUCAGUCAAUUGUAACUAGACCACUCAGGAACAUUCAACGCUUUGGUAAGCAACUCUUGUGUUUUAGGUUAUUGUCCUGCUGAAAGGUGAAUGUGUCUCCCAGUGUGUUGGAAAGCAGACUGCACCAGGUUUUCCUCUAGGAUUUUGCCUGUGCUUAGCUCAAUUCUGUUUCUUUUCUUUCUAAACUCCCUAGUCCUUGCCGAUGACAAGUAUACCCAUAAUAUGAUGUGUCAGAAUGGGUAAUUAACAAUAAACUGGUCUUAAAUACAUCUAAAACCAAAAUAGUUGUAUUUUAUUCAAAGCAUUCUCUUAGACCUAAACCUUAACUGGAGUUGUGCAUAAAGGGUGUUGAAGAAGUUGAACUCCUAGCAUUGGAUAGUCAGUUAUGAUGGUCAAGUCAUAUUGACAAAGUUGUUGUGAAGAUGGUGAGAGGUAGCCUAUGUCUGUUUAUAAAAAAUAAAAUAAAAUAUGUUCUGCGUUUUUGACACAGGUCAAUUGUCCCAUAUUGAUUACUGUCCGGUAAUAAAAAAAAUAUAAAAUAGUUUAAUUAUUUAACCAGGUAAGUCAGUUACGAACAAAUUCUUAUUUACGAUGACUAUAUUUUUUAUUUAUUUACUGCCUAUCAAGAGGCAAAAGGCCUCCUGCGGGGAGGGGGGCUGGGAUUAAAAAUGUAGGACAAAACACACAUCACGACAAGACACCACAACACCACAUAAAGAGAGACCUGAGACAAACACAGCAUGGUUGCAAGACAUGACAACAACACGGGAACAACAUGGAAAAAUAUUGUUAAGCACAGAAACAGCACAAAGGGCAAAAAGGUAGAGACAACAAUGCAUCACGUGAAGCAGCCACAAGUGUCAGUAAGAGUGUCCAUGAUUGAGUCUUUGAAUGAAGAGAUGGCGAUUAAAACUUUCCAGUUUGAGUGUUUUUUGCAGCUUGUUCCAAUCGCUAGCUGCAGCGAACUGAAAAGAGGGGCGAAUUGGGGAUGUGUGUGCUUUGGGGACCUUUAACAGAAUGUGACUGGCAGAACAGGUGUUGUAUGUGGAGGAUGAGGGUUGCAGUAGGUAUCUCAGAUAGGGGGGAGUGAGGCCUAAGAGGGUUUUAUAAAUAAGCAUCAACCAGUGGGUCUUGCGUCAGGUAUACAGAGACAGGGAGACCCAUGGGGCGGCGCACAAUUGGCCCAGCGUUGUCCAGGUUAGGGGAGGGAAUGGCCGGCAGGGAUUUGGCUCAGUUGGUAGAGCAUGGCGUUUGCAACGCCAAGGUUGUGGGUUCAAUUCCCACGGGGGGGCAGUAUAAAAAAUAAAAAAUUAAAAAAUAAUGUAUGCACUCACUAACUGUAAGUCGCUCUGCAUAAGAGCGUCUGCUAAAUGACUAAAAUGUCAAAUGUAAUGGCCAGUUUACAGAGGAGUAUAGAGUGCAGUGAUGUGUUCUAUAAGGAGCAUUGGCGGCAAAUCUGAUGGCUGAAUGGUAAAGAACAUCUAGCCGCUCGAGAGCAACCUUACAAUGGUGACAUCAUUUGAGACCUUUUUAAGGUUGCAGUGACACAUCCAUAACCUGAGCAGAAACCAGGUUGCAUACCAGAGAGAAUACUAUAGACAUCAAAGCCAGUCAGUUGAUUAUUGAUACAUUUUUCAAACACUUUUUAUAAACAGGGCAAGAUAGAAAUUGGCCUAUAACAGUUAGGAUCAGCUUGAUCUCCCCCUUUGAAUAAAGGACGCACCAUGGCUGCCUUCCAAGCAAAGGGAACCUCCCCGGAGAGGAGAGACAGGUUAAAAAGGUGAGAGAGAGAGGCUCGUCGACGAUAGGGGCUGCAACCUUAAAGAAGAUAGGAUCUAAACCAUCUGACCCAGAUGUUUUUUGGGGGUGAAGUUUAAGGAGCUCCUUUAGCACCUCAGACUCGGUGACUGCCUGCAGAGAGAAACUUUGUUGCAGGGCAGGGGGAAAAGAGGGCGGAGCAUCAGGGCUAGUCACAUUAGAAGGGCUGGGAGAUUAGGAAAUGUUGGACGGGCAAGGAGGCAUGGCUGAGUCAAAUAAGAAUCCUGACUUAAUGAAGUUUUUAAAGAGCUCAGCCAUGCGCUCCUUGUCAAUAACAACCACAUCAUCAACAUUAAGGGACAUGGGCAGCUGUGAGGAGGAGGGUUUAUUCUCCAGGUCUUACACCGUUUUCCUGAACUUCUUGGGGUUAGACCCACAGAGUGAGAAGUGCUCCUUAAAGUAAAUAAAUGUGGCUUUCCCAAUAGCCUGAGUGCACUUAUUUCUCAUUUGCCUGAACAACAGCCAAUCAGCCUGAGUGUUUGUGUGCCGAGCCUUUCGCCAAAUGGUGUUCUUGAGGUGGAGUAACUCUGCUAGAUCACUGUCGAACCAGGGGCUGAACCUAUUUUUAGUAGCCUUUUCUGGGUGUUGGGAGUCAUAAUAAUCUUUUAGAGAUUUAGGGAGUCCCAUUGUUUUAGGACUUGGUCAUGUGGUUUAAGCAUGUCCCAGGUUAGGUCACCUAGCAGGACAAAUUCAGACUUUGUGUAAGGGGCCAAGAGAAAGCUUAGUGCAGGUAGGGUACAAGCCGGUGCUGAUGGUGGACGAUAACACCCAGCAACAGUAAACAAAGCUAUUUGAAAGCUUAAUGCGUAAAACCAGCAAAUCAAAUUGUUUGGGGACAGACUUGGUGGAGACAACCGAGCACUGAAGGUGUUCCUUGGUAAAGAUUGCCACUCCACCACCUUUGGAAGAUCUGUCUUGCCGAAAAAGGUUAACAUCAGUGUUCAGAACACUCUUUCUAACCACGUCUCAGUGAUGACCAACACAUCUGGACUGGAGCUGUGAACCCACACUUUCAAUUUAUCCAUUUUAGGUAAUAAGCUUCUAGAGUUAAAGUGCAGAAAACCUAGGCUUUUACAAGAGCAGAAAUCAGUGAAGCAGAAAUUGGAGCACAAGUCAGUUUGGGCUAGCAACAGUAGACAUGCACAUUUCCAGAUAUCAUCAGCAGUAAUACAAUCGGGGCACGGCAGAGGACAGGGAAAGCUUUGCAGUGUUGAUUUUUUGUGACAUCUGAAUGUGCAUCAGAUGGCAACAAGAUCAUAUUGUACAGCAAUUUCAUCAGGUAAUAUGAAUACAAAGCUGGCGAGAGGUAGUUAGAAUAGGAUGGGAGGCCAGAGUCACGACUGUUGGGAACAAACAUGGUCUGUCCCGCGGUCGGGUAAACAAGUAAGUUCAUAGACAACAAAGAGUCAUGGAGCAAAUGGCAUAAAGCAUAAGAAAAAAAUAAAACCGCUUGGGGUUAGACAUUGUAAGUUCAAAGAGCCACUCGUACCAACAAAAUAACGUGAGAGAGUAGCUCUGAGUCCAGUAGGCUAUACAAGUCUGAGAUAAAAGAAAUAGUAGGCCUAUACUAGUUCAUUAAAGCUCACAAGCUUCAUAAGUUAAUUAGCCUACAUAAAAUUCAGAUCAGUCCAAAGUGUGCAGUGUGUGUGUGUGUGUGUGUGUGUGUGCUGGAAGCGAGCGAAAGCUAGGGAGAGAGGGGGGAGUGUGGCGAGGUACCUGUACCAGACAGUGGGAGACAGGCCAGGGCAGACGGGGAGCAUAUCGCCAGGUGGGAUCCAAGCAGCAGUGCAGCAGGCAACGGGAGUAGGUGAAACUCAAUAUUAGGAAGGUGUUUCUGAUGUUAAGUUUACUCAGUGUACAUACGCCACUAUGGGUUUCUUCACUGUACCAAUCCAAAAACAGAUUAAAUGGAUCGCUCUGUUAUGUGUCGAGCCAUGUCAUCGUGGAAUGGUCUGCCGCCAGAGGUUACUCAGGUCAAAAGCAAGUUUUAGCUUUAAAAUACAUUAUCACAGCGCCUCUCCUCAUAUGAGUAUGUAUAUAUGAAUAGUGUGUAAGUAGUAUUUUUGUUGUGUCUUUCCAAUAUAUCACUUAUUUUUAUUUAUUUAAUGUAAUCUUGUGUUCUAGUCUAUAACUGUUCUGUACUUUGUUGUGUAUUUGUACAUUUUAUGUAGACCCCAGGAAGAGUAGCUGCUGCAUGUGCAGUAGCUAAUGGGUAUCCUACUUAAACUAAACAUACACAUAGCCAAUGAAGAAGAGGGUUCUGUUUUAGUAUUGAGUAUGAGUCAGGUGAUUGUAAUUGAACCUAAUGAUUUUAAAGCCAUCUUUGAUUUCUUACACUUACAAUGUUCUAAAACAUGCAUUUCCUUUUUUUCUACAUGCAUUUCCUUUUUUUCUGUGUAGAGGAGCUGUCUCAUUGAAUGACUGAUGUGGAUUUUGUGUGUGCAGGAAAAUGACAUCUUCUUGGGCUGGGAGAAGGGAACUGGGAAGAAAUGGGGCAAGAGUAAGAAGAAAGGAGGAGGGACGGACCUAAGUCUGGAUGAGAUAAAGAAGCAAGCCGCCGUGCAAUGUCUGCGUUCUGCAUCUGAUGAAGUAAGUGCCGUUCCACCCCAGUGUCGCCACAAAUCUCUUCACCCAAUGUUUUUGUGCGUGUGGUCUACUCACAGCAUUGCUCAUGCACUCCUGAGAAAUUGAAAUGAUACAUUUCACUUAUAUUGACUCUUUGAAGCUUGAAUAUUUAGGAGCAGUUGCAUAGACUGAUAGUUGGUACAGCAGUUCAGUGGUUAUUUUGACACACACCAGCUUGUAAGCUACAAAGCUGAAUAUGUUGAGUAAUUGAAGAAUGGUAGAAGCAUGUACACUGCCUUCAGAAAGUAUUCAUACCCCUUGACUUAUUCCACAUUUUGUUAUGUCAUGUGCCUUUUUCUCAAGAGUGGCUUCCAUCUGGCAGGUUCUACCAUCUCAGCCAACUAACUCUGUAGUUCUGUCAGAGAGUUCAUUGGGUUCUUGGUCACUUGGUUCCCGGUUGCUCAGUUUGGUUGGAUGGCCAGCUCUAGGCAGAGUCUGGGUAGUUCCAUAUUUUGAGACCAAUGUGCUCUUGGAACCUUUCAACACUCUAGAAAUUGUUUUAUACCCUUCCCCAGAUAUAUUCCUCAUCACAAUGCUAUCUCAGAGAUCUACGGACAGUUCCUUGGACUUCAUGGUAUAGUUUCUGCUCUGACGUGCAGUGCAUUUGGACAGUAUUCAGACCCCUAGAUAUUUUUCCACAUUUUGUUACGUUACAGCCUUAUUCUAAAAUAGAUUAAAUUGUUUUUUUCCCCUCAUCAAUCUACACACACUACCCCAUAAUGACAAAGGAAAAACAGGUUUGAAUACAUUUUAGCAACAAAAUAAAAAAUAAAAAAACUAUCACAUUUACAUAAGUAUUCAGACCCUUUGCUCAGUACUUUGAAGCACCUUUGGCAGCGAUUACAGCCUCGAGUCUUCUUGGGUAUGACGCUACAAGCUUGGCACACCUGUAUUUGGGGAGUUUCUCCCAUUCUUCUCUACAGAUCCUCUCAAGCUCUCAGGUUGGAUGGGGAGCGUCGCUGCACAGCUAUUUUCAGGUCUCUCCAGAGAUGUUAGAUCGGGUUCAAGUCCGGGCUCUGGCUGGGCCACUCAAUGACAUUCAGAGACUUGUCCCGAAGCCACUCCUGCGUUGUCUUGGCUGUGUGCUUAGGGUCGUUGUCCUGUUGGAAGGUGAACCUACGCCCCAGUCUGAGGUCCUGAGUGCUCUGGAGAAGGUUUUCAUCAAGGAUCUUUCUGUACUUUGCUCCGUUCAUCUUUCCCUCGAUCCUGAUUAGUCUCCCACUGAAAAACAUCCCCACAGCGUGAUGCUGCCACCACUAUGCUUCACCGUAGGGAUGGUGCCAGGGUUCCUCCAGACGUGAAGCUUGGCAUUCAGGCAAAAUAGUUCAAUCUUGGUUUCAUCAGACCAGAGAAUCUUGUUUCUCAUGGUCCGAGAGUCCUUUAGGUGCCUUUUGGCAAACUCCAAGCGGGCUGUCGUGCCUUUUACUGAGUAGUGGCUUCCGUCUGGCCACUCUACCAUAAAGGCCUGAUUGGUGGAGUGCUGCAGAGAUGGUUGUCCUUCUGCAAGGUUCUCCCAUCUCCACAGAGGAACUCUGGAGCUCUGUCAGAGUGACCAUCGGGUUCUUGGUCACCUCUCUGACCAAGGCCCUUCUCCCCCGAUUGCUCAGUUUGGCCGGACGGCCAGCUCUAGGAAGAGUCUUGGUGGUUCAAAACUACUUCCAUUUAAGAAUGAUGGAGGCCACUGUGUUCUUGGGGACCUUCAAUGCUGCAGAAAUGUUUUGGUACCCUUCCCCAGAUCUGUGCCUCGACACAAUCCUGUCUCUGAGCUCUACAGACAAUUCCUUCGACCUCAUUGCUCGGUUUUUGUUUUGACAUGCACUAUCAACUGUGGGCCCUUAUAUAGACAGGAGUGUGCCUUUCCAAAUCAUGUCCAAUCAAUUGAAUUUACCUCAGGUGGACUCCAAUUAAGUUGUAGAAACAUCUCAAGGAUGAUCAAUGGAAACAGGAUGCACCUGAGCUCAAUUUGAAAUCUCAUAGCAAAGGGUCUGAAUACCUAUGUAAAUAAGGUAUAUCUGUUUUUAAUUUUUUAUAAAUUUGCAACAUUUUCUACGCCUGUUUUCACUUCGUUAUUGUCGGGUAUUGUGUGUAGAUUGAGGAUUUUUAUUUAAUCAAUUUUAGAAUAAGGCUGUAACGUAACAAAAUGUGGAAAGGGGGAAGGGGUCUGUAUACUUUCCGACUGCACUGUAUACUGGCAACUGUGGGACCUUUAUAUAGACAGGUGUGUUUAUUUUUAAAUCAUUGCUAAACAAUUGAAUUGGCCACAGGUGAACUCCAAUCAAGUUGUAGAGACAUCUCAAGGAUGAUCAAAGGAAAUUGGAUGCACCUGAGGAAGACCCUCAGUCAAACCAUUAUCAUCAUAUGAUACUUGGCAUUGGCCAGCCUUAUUUUGUGAUUUGCUCUCCAGGAUUUUCACAGCCAGUGUGAUAUAAUGAGAGUUUACUUGCAAGGUUGGAUUGAGGUCAGCAGAGUGAAGAAUUGUGAACCAGUGGAAAGACUCCCAUUUGCACUCACACUGUUACACUCAGUAUUGAGAUAAUGUUAUGGGUGACCUUGCAGAGGAGUCAUUGCAUGUAAGCGAGUGCACAGUUUAAUAAGCCUGCAUUAAAUUAUUUCUGUGCCCUUUUUCCAAGCAAAAUCUGAAAGAAUUUGCUGACAUUUUCCUUAGUGGUUGGUUGGCAGUAGUAUACUAUCAAAGGCAGCCCGUAGUAGAGCGAGCGUUUGAGGGCUGGGAUAGAGCUGGAGGGCGUAUAGGGGGAAGGGUCUGCAAGGUAGAGGAGGAGUGUGCUGCUCUCUGGGGACUGGACUCUGCGGUCAAUUUUUUUUUAACCAGCACAUGCUGCACGGGAUUGCAGCACAGAGAGCAGAGUGCGUGCGUGUUGCCCGUCAGCUGACUGGCAUUAGCACAAUGAUGCAAGAGGAAACACAGGGCCAGGGGAGAAACUUUGCUUUUUGCUGGGAGGCAUGGUAAGGAAUGUCACUUUCUGUCAGAAAGAGAGCGAGAGAAGGGAGAGUGUGUAAAUUACACAUUUUGGGACUAAUCUGGCCCUGGAUGUUGUGGUGGAUAUAGCAGUCCUCACCGAAUGCAGAUGCUUUUCUGACUUUGCCUAUUGCCUACUGGUCUGUUGAGGCAUUUUGACAUGGCUGUCUUUAUGUAGACCAGAUCGUAGCAGGCCUUGUUUGCAGCAAAACAGAUCACGUCAUCUUUGUUCAGCGAGUAAAAUCUCAAUAGGUAUAAGGAAGAAGUAGGUGUCUGAGAGGUCUUUGUUUGUCUAAUGCCUGAUGUUUUGUAAGUGUUUAGAUGGAAAGACAGGUGGUGGAUGUUCAGGCUAUGCUUAGUCAUUUUUCUCAUGCAACAUUUCUCCCUCUUAGCUACAUUUAAUCAGUGUUUUACACAAGUACAUAGAGGAGCCAGCCAAAUAGAAAAAGUAGCCAGCCAGGCAUCCCUGGGUUUGAAUUCUUCUGCAGAAGGAGCUCUAUUUUGGUGGCCUCUGGUACAUUCUAAUGCCUUGAUUCCAUCUGAGAUACACAGCGAAAUAAUUGAAUGCUUUGUUGAGUUUAUUUCCCAGACUGGGAACAUUUGUUGUGGUAUUGUGUAGAAAGACAUGACUAUACAAUUUAAAUUACUGAAAAUGUAUGAAUUCAGUGUGAUGUUAGUUGUUUUUGAUAUUGUCUAGGCCUAUAUGAUCUGGACUAUUUUCUAAGUAAGAGAACAUUAAACCUUUUAACAUUUUAACCUGUCUUCUCUUGAGAUUUAAAGUCAUAUUUACAGUUUUACUGCAAGAUAUAAAUUGCCACAAUGAUGUUUGUUCUUCAAAUUAUGUAUUUUAUUAAAACAGAAAAAUUAAGUAAAUAACCCACAUUAUCAAGUUACAAAAUUGAAUAUUCUAAAUCCACAAAAAUGCUUAAACCACAUCAGGCGACCAUCUGAGUGGCUGGUUGUACAACCGUUUAUCUGUUCUACUUUUUACUAUUGUUUCUAAAUUAUUUAAUUUAACAUACAAUAGUAAAAAGUAGAACAGAUCAAUGGUUGUACAACUGAACAUUAAGAAUCAACAGUGCCACAAAAUGCUGAAUGAUAUGGCUUAUUUACUAUAAGUUCAGGGCUCUAACGCUGACAUUUUUUACAAGUACAUAAGUAGAUAUUUAGGAGCACACAAAUAAAUGUAGGAGCACAAUGAAAUUGUGUUUUAAAUGAUAAGAAAUGACUAAAUUCAUGAAUAAAAUGUUUUUGGACUGUUCCAUGCUCUAUCGAGCACUAUUUACCCCAAAAUAUUUGAGUCAUUAGGUGAGUCAAAAAUGUUCAGCUGUCCCUUGUUAAGGGGCUGGCCAUUACCGUGGUAACGGCACUCCGUGUCUGUCGGAGAUUAUAUUCUCUGUCUGUACUACCAGCAGACAGUUGCAGCAAACUCAAACUAAUAUUGAAAAACAACCUAGCGUGUGAACAAAAUUAUAUACUGUAACUAGCCAAGAAACACGAGGACAAAGUCACACUUUAGUAGCCUUUCACGUCAAUUUGACCAAUUUAUACAUUUUGGGCUUUGGAUUUAAACAAAAAAACGGUUCCCAAAUGCUGUGUGUGACCACCCGUCAACGUGUCUGGUGAAAUAUACAUUCUUACCAGCCAAUACCUAAAUCUACCUGCAUUUGGCGGGUGUUAAUUUCCCACCCUGGAGACCAUGUUUGAGGUCUGGGAAAAAUCAAAGAAAUAUCGAUUUUUGGAUGUAGUUACCCUUUAAUUCAAGUGCACACCUAGCAAGAGGCUGUUUAGCUGUGUUUUUGUAGCACACAUGUGAUGGUAGUUUGCAAAACAAAUACCCACUGGAUUGAUCUAAAUAAUAAUGAUAACAUUCUGCCAGGUAAGCAUAGGCUACUUAGUAGUUAACGUUGUAAAGGUGCACUAUGCAGAAAUCGCUCUGCCAUUUCCUGGUUGCUAAAAUUCUAACAGUUUGUUUUAUUUCCGUUUAUGUGAAAAAACAAGCAAAUCGACCAAUUUGAAUGUGUAGAGAAUCAUUGUACUAUCUAAACCGCUGUGAAAUAUAUUUGAAACUUAACGGGAAGCAUAGAAAUAGCUCACACAGAACAGAUCUACCGCUUCUUAGACUUGCUUUCAAUUAGAAUGACAGAUCUAUAACUCACAUUUCUAUCUGAAUUUGGUCAGGUCGCCCAAAAAGUUAUAUAUUGCAGCUUUAAUUGAGAAAGUUUUUGGGAAAGCCUUUCCAUCUACCUAGAAGACUGUUUUCAUUAGCAUCAUCGCUAACAGCUACACAAAGUGGUAGAUGUGCGCACUGCACACACACACAGACAGGGGCAUUCUCAUUGCCUCUUCAGAAAGUUGCAGGAAAUACGAAUCACUGAUGCAUUCUGUUCAUGUCUUAUGAUUAACUUGGGCAAAUGAAUUAAUUUCAUACAUUUAGUUGAUUCCCUACUAAGGUUAAUACACGUUUAAAUAUUGUUGAAUUCCGUUAAUGCCAAGAUUCUGUGAGGGCCCUAAUUAUCUACUUGAGUAAUUAGCCAACUUGGCACCACGACUCCUCUUGGCUGGCUAUGUGAAACACACGAAAGAAAAUAAAUGUGUCAAAGAAAAUAAAUGUGUCAGAAAACAAUAAUUAGGCUAUUGGAUUGACUCAUCGUUACCACUUACAUUACAUGGGACGUGCAAAUUCACGAGCAUCAUGCUUUCUCUCCCUCCUCCGUGUAAAGAAAUUCAACUGCAACCAGAGAUCUGUAUAAAAUGACGAGAUGCUCACGUCUCCGCCCUAACAAUGGGAGUCGUUGUCCCAAAGGCGGGAAGGCAGGUGACAUGCUUAGGUCCAAAAUAAGCCCAUUGAAACACAUUGGGCUUAUUUUGGACAGAUUUUGGCCAGAGUGAAACCUCUCGCUUCACCUCUUCCUCUCUGCUGCGUUUCCCGGUCAUCGCUCGCUUUGUGACUGACAGGCACCUAUCCUAUCAAUAGAUCGCUAGAAGAUGCAUAUCGUUCAUUCUAGUGAGAGAGGGCUCGACGGACUAUCUAAUUGAAACUUUAAAAUGAAAAGUAGCCUAGUUAAUCUGAAAAUGUAGCCGGCUAAAAAUGUGUGUGUAACCGGCUGAUUUAGUCAUCAGACGGCGCUAAUGGAAAACACUGAUUUAAUAUAGUCAUGGUAGAGCAUGCCCGUGCUGACAGUCAGCUGGUUAGACUUCUGUCAGCCCCAUGUUAAUACCCUCUAGUCAGUGUUACAAUGGGGUCGAAGUUGCCUUUAAAAAAAGCUUAUGUUCAAACCCCCAAGUGUUAUUGUUGGAAACAUCCUAUCACUUUAUGAGUGGUCUGAAAGAAGCAAAUGUUUUAUUAAUGUUCAUUCACUGCUGUUUCAUACACAGGUCUCAUUAGAUUAUUCUGUUUAGAUUCUCUUUGCUAGAUUAAUUCUUAAUGUUACAUAUUCUCCCUCCUUUUUUCCCCACAGAACUCUGGAAUUGAGAGCCUGGUCGAGGAGCUUUGCUCCAAACUCAAGGACAUCCAAAACAAACAGAAAGGUUUGUGUCUUGGGUUUAUACAUUUGUAUGCCCUGUUGUAACAAACUAGUAAAUAUAAAAACAUUUCAAUGAUAACGCUCCUUCUUAUCAUAUUGCUUAUAAUUCUUCACAGAAGAAAAAUGGCUCCACAAAAAAUCGGAUGGAUCUCAGUCUCCUGAACAAGUUGAGUCCCCUUCCUCAAAGGACCAGGUGGAAAUGUACGUUUUUACCCAUAACCACAAUAAUACUGUCCUGAGUAGCUGGCACAACUAUGCAUAGUUGAUUUAGUUUUAUGCCCAUUAAACAUGUGCUCAUUCAUUUUAUGAUUGCUCUUAAUUGACAAAGUUUUCUCUCAUUGUUGUUGCAGGUAUUAUGAAGCCUUUCCUCCUUUGUCAGAGGGAUCUGUUUGUCUCCAAGAGAUCAUGACGGUGUGGAACAAGGCUAAAGCCAGCGCUUACUCCGGCUCAUCAUCCUCUGCAGCCCCGCAGACCAGCACCGACACCUCCUCCCCAAAAGAUUGCAACAGUGAUGGUGAAGCUGCUAAUGAGAGAACCCCUGAGGCAUGCAACACUACCACUAACCCAACCAGCGAGAGAGCCCAGCAGCGACGCAGCAAGAAAGAGAAAGAGAACCGAUACCAUGGUGGCGCAACAGCGGAGGACCGAGCUGCCGUCCACAGCAAGAGGCAGGCGAGGCACAGGUCAGAGGGCAAGUAUCGGCCUCGCUCCUGGUCCUCUGGCUCUAGCGAGACUGGCUCGAGCUCCAGCGGGAACCAGGGCAACUCCAAAACGUCCAGCAGGAAAGCAGUCAGAAUCAGGCACAAGUCCAAGGAGGCGGGCAGCAGGAGUAAGAGGGGGCGCAACAGCGGACAAGUGAAGCUGGCUCUGAAGGCCAUCGACAAAGAGGAGCGUAGGAACGCUGGAGGAAGCAGCAGCAGCACCACUGGAGGCCCUGCAAGGCAAACACAGCUCUACAAAAAGGGGAAAAGACCGCUGAAGGAGAUUCGAAAAGAUCCAGGUUGGGGGGACGCAAAGGAGUCCGGAGCUGAUGCCAGCAAGAAAAAGGAGUACAUGGAGGAGCCCCUGUGGUACACAGAGCCCAUCACAGAGUAUUUUGUACCUUUCAGUAGUAGAAAGAGCAAACUGGAAACAAAGUACCGGAGUAAGGUGGACUCUCCAGAUGACUCAACUAUGUCCGCCGACUUGGAAAGGCUGUCUGAGAGAAUGCAAGGCAUCUACAUUGCCAACGCAAGCUUCCAGAGGGCGUAUCUGGCAGCGGGCACCUUCGUUGAUGGGCACUUUGUUGAGGUGCCAGGCGACGCAAACGAGGAGGCUAACGAACUCAAUGGGACCUCAAGCUGCCCUCCGCCCGAGGAUAGUAGAGAUUUAGAUGAUGACCAUCUGUCUGAAUUCACUCACUUCUAUGAAGUCGAUAUUUAUCAAUCCAUAUUGGAUCCUAGUGCCUCAGACUCAGUACAAGAGAGUCGGAUCUUGAGCAUGAUUAGACAGAAGAGCGAAGAGCAAAGAGACUUUGAGGCAGAAUGUUGUUUAGUGUUAGAUGGCCUUGAGCUGCAAGGGGAAAGUGCAAUAAGGGUGGACUGUCAGGAAGCUUUGGCAGCUGAUGGGUUCUUCAUGCAGGAUUUGGAAAACAUGGCUCAGGUCUGGGGAUGUUAUUCAUCCUCUAGCUCUGAAGAUAAAGAUGGAGAAAGCUUUGUCGGGGACUCUCCCGUUCAGCUCUCCCCCGCUUUGGACGGCGUUACAUUCACCAUCAGCACGCUGCCUGGAACCCUGGAGGAGCCUCAUCUCCCAGAAGCCACCAGCGAAGCGUCUGGUCUGAACUCCUCCUGCUUCUCUCUUUUUGAGCUGCAGUACGAUAGCCCCACUCUUCCUUUUCCCUGCGACUCACUCACCGUUGGUCACGAAAACAACACAGAUUCAAGUAGCUGUCUAGAACCACAUUGUAACAAGCAGUCUCGUUUGCUAAUAUGGACCAAAAAUAGUGCCUUUGAUGAAACUGAACACUGUUCAAACCUUUCAACGCGAACCUGCAGUCCAUGGUCGCAUUCGGAAGAGACACGUUCAGACAAUGAGCAAAUAAACGUUCAAACAGAGGAGUCCGCUCUAAUUGGCAAUGAAGAUAUUAAUUGUAUAAUCCUUCCUAUCUCUGGUACAUACCUAGAAGAAGAAAUCCUGGACUUUUUACAAGAAGACACCGGUCGCCAGUGCGAGGAGGCCAAUGUAGGCACGGUGUCCAAUCCGACCUUCGCAAAGAAAUCUAAAUUGGAGUCCAUUUGUGGAAUAGCGUUAGAACAGGACGAGAGCAAACAGUACGACGCUGGCAUGUUUUCAGAUGACACAAACCAACAGAGUGAUAACUACAGCUCAGGGAUAAUAAAGGACAUUUGGACAGCUAUCGGAGAUGGAGAUCCUGUACUAUCACUAGGAGGAGAGAAGCCAGGCGAGGGCUUGUUCUCCCAGGAGUCGAGUAGCUACCACUGCGGCUGUCUCGACAUGCAGGCAAAGGAAGUUGGUCCCAUCCAGGGGCCUCCGAAGAAGGCAGUGCAGCACUCUGAGUACCACCUGUGGGAAGGCAAGAAUGAAGAGCAGGCCCUCCUGGCCAAAAACGGGCUCUCAAAGAUGAAUGCUUCCGGGGAUUACAUGACGCCGUCCAAGCCUUGGGACGUGAACCCUGAGAAAGACAACACAUCGUUCAUCCUGGGAGGAGUGUAUGGAGAGCUGAAGACGUUCAGCGGUGACCAGGACUGGGCCAUGGUGCCACCCGGCGACGAGAGAGGCAGCCUGCUACAGUGUGCCGCUGCUGCCGCUUCGGCCUCUGGCUCAGACGUGGUCACCAUUGCUGGUACAGACGUGUUCAUGAAUACUGGCAGCUGCUUUGCCCCUGGCCACAAGCCCUUCUGGAGGCCGCUGGUCUCCUUCGGGCAGAGCGACCAGGCUACUAAAGGAGGUGGGGAAGGAUUGAAUAAGGGGUUUUCUUUAAUCUUCCAUGAAGAUUUACUCGGACCCUGUGCAGGCUUCCGAGGCGAGGAGCCAGGGCUCGACUACCCGUUUGCGUCCUUCGAUCUGAACAAUCCGUUCUCUCAAGUCCUCCACGUAGAGUGCUCCUUCGAGCCUGAGGACAUGGCUUCGUUCAGCCCGGGGUUCAAGCCCAAGUCUAUAUUGUGCUCGGACUCCGAGAACGAAGCUUUCCACCCACGGAUAUACGGCAUCAACCGGACCACCCAGUACAGGGCCAUCCGCAUCUCCCCCAGGACACACUUCCGACCCAUAUCCGCCUCAGAGUUGUCGCCUGGUGGAGGGAGCGAGUCGGAGGCUGAGUCCGAGAAAGAAGAGGAGAGGAGUUUUCCAGUCCUGGCCCCGCCGGACAUCUUCGACGACCCUCAGGCCGACCUCAAACCGCUGGAGGAGGACGCAGAAAACGAGGGCCCCUGCUAUGGGAAGUCAGAACUGGAAUCUGGUAAAUUCCUGCCCAGAUUGAAGAAGUCUGGCAUGGAGAAGAGUGCCCAGACCUCACUGGAUUCUCAGGAGGGCUCCAGCACCCUCCUGCCAAUCGCUGAGCAAGAGAUUUGCUUAGACUGUGAAAUGGCGGCCGCAGUUGGAGCAGCAACAUUGACGGCAAGCGGACGGAUGGACGUCCCAGUCAACAAGAUUCAAAAGGAAGAAUCUUGCAGAGAGAAGGAAGCCUGCAAAUGUGCAGCGGCUGGUCAGAGUCCCACAUAUGGGAAAACCUAUGACUUCAUUGAAGAUUUGCAUGAGGUAAGAAUCUUAUAAGAAUGUUUAGGUGGGUUGGAUCAGAAGUUACAUCAAAUUUUGACAAUGAAACAGUUUCCCCUGCGUUAGACUAAUACCUUCCCUUUCUUCUUUUUAGUUCCCUCUAUUAAAUAUUAGUGGACAGGGAGGAACUGGCAGCCAGCAAGAUGAGUGCUGGUGGCAGAACACACUCUGUUCCCCCCUUUUUCCCGGAUCUCAGUGUACAGGUAUGAUCAAUCAGAGUUAUGGUAAAUAUAUCUUAGGCCUACGGCUGAGAUGACUUUUUUAUUGGCUUACUUUAAAUUUGGAAGCUUUUUAUUUUUUUCAUUUGUUUGUCCCAACAGAUGCAGAUGGGUCAUAAAGUGGUCAUACAUUUUUUAUAUACAGUACCAGUCAAAGGUUUGGAUACACCUACUCAUUCAAGGGUUUUUCUUUAUCUUUACUAUUUUCUACAUUGUAGAAUAAUAGUGAAGACAUCAAAACUAUGAAAUAACACAUGGAAUUAUGUAGUACCAAAAAAGUGUUAAACAAAUCAAAAUAUAUUUUAUAUUUGAGAUUCUUCAAAGUACCCACCCUUUGCCUUGAUGACAGCUUUGCACACUCUUGGCAUUCGCUCAACCAGCUUCAUGAGGUAGUCACCUGGAAUCCAUUUCAUUUAACAGGUGUGCCUUGUUAAAUGUUAAUUUGUGGAAUUUCUUUCCUUCUUAAUGCGUUUGAGCCAAUCAGUUGUGUUGUGACAAGGUAGGGUUGGUGUACAGAAGAUAGUCCUAUUUGGUAAAAGACCAAGUCCAUAUUAUGGCAAGAACAGCUCAAAUAAGCAAAGAGAAACGACAGUCUAUCAUUACUUUGACUGACCUUCAUGUCUUAAUCUGGAAAAUGUCAAGAACUUUGAAAGUUUCUUCAAGUGCAGUCGCAAAAAUCAUCAAGCGCUAUGAUGAAACUGGCUCUCAUGAGGACUGCCACAGGAAUGGAAGACCCAGAGUUACCUCUGCUGCAGAGGAUAAGUUCAUUAGAGUUAACUGCGCCUCAGAUUGCAGCCCAAAUAAAUGGUUCACAGAGUUCAAGUAACAGACACAUGUCAACAUCAACUGUUCAGAGGGGACUGCGUGAAUCAGGCCUUCAUGGUCGAAUUGCUGCAAAGAAACCACUACUAAAGGACACCAAUAAGAAGAAGAGACUUGCUUGGGCCAAGAAACACGAGCAAUAGACAUUAGACCGGUGGAAAUCUGUCCUUUGGUCUGAUGAGUCCAAAUUUGAGAUUUUUGGUUCCAACUGCCGUGUCUUUGUGAGACGCAGAGUAGGUGAAGUGUGAUCUCCGCAUGUGUGGUUCCCACCAUGAAGCAUGGAGGAGAAAGUGUGGGGGUGCUUUGCUGGUGACAUUGUCUGUGAUUUAUUUAGAAUUCAAGGCACAAUUAACCAGCAUGGCUACCACAGCAUUCUGAAGCAAUACACCAUCCCAUCUGGUUUGGGCUUAGUGGGACUAUCAUUUGUUUUUCAACAGGACAAUGACCCAAAACACACCUCCAGACUGUGGAAGGGCUAUUUGACAAGGAGAGUGAUGGAGUGCUGCAUCAGAUGACCUGGCCUCCACAAUCACCUGACCUCAACCCAAUUGAGAUGGUUUGGGAUGAGUUGGACUGCAGAGUGAAGGAAAAGCAGCCAACAAGUGCUCAGCAUAUGUGGGAACUCCUUCAAGACUGUUGGAAAAGCAUUCCUCAUGAAGCUGGUUGAGAGAAUGCCAAGAGUGUGCAAAGCUGUCAUCAAGGCAAAUGACUUGAUGACAGCUUUGUGCACUCUUGGCAUUCUUUCAACCAGCUUCAUGAGGAAUGCUACUUUGAAGAAUCUAAAAUAUAUUUAGAUUUGUUGAACACUUUUUUGGUUACUACAUGAUUCCAUUUGUGUUAUUUCAUAGUUUUGAUGUCUUCACUAUUAUUCUACAAUGUAGAAAAUAGUAAAAAAUAAAGAAAACCCCUUGAAUGAGUAGUUGUGUCCAAAUGUUUGACUUGUACUGUACAACUACUUAGUUUAAACUGAAUUACAAAUAUUAAAAUGUGUAUCUUAGUUGCAAGUCAUCAGCAUUCACAGCCAGCAUAGUAAUUCCUAUAAGUGUCAGCUGUUCAGAGUGCUUUAGAAUAGAAAUACCUGUCAGCCAGGCCAACACCAGAGCACUCUCUCUCUCCCCCCAGUGACACCAUCUUAAAACAAGUUCCAGUUAACACAUUUUAAUCAGUGAUCUAAUACAAAACGUUUCAGUUUUGCUUUAAGCUGAGGAUAAAUUAACAAAUAGCCUGUGCACAAGCUCACUUGACUGGAGGCCAUCUUUCUCACCAACUGUCUUUAUUCCUGCAGGGAGCAGCAACAUCUGAUAACUCUAGCUCUGUGGAGAGGAAGCCUAUUGUCGAGAGGAUAUAACCUCUUCUCGUUUGACUGCACCUCUACUGGCAGAUAUGGGGGAGACCUCAGGACCGGGAAACCAAAGGCUUAUGGACAGAGGAACCUCCCCUCCACAUCCCAACCCUGCUGAUUUUCAUUUACUAACUUGAAUCGUGUGUAAUCAACAACCACAACAAAAAAAAGAGCGAAAAUAAUAGGAAAAACUCAAAAAAUAUGUUCUACAUGUCUUCAUGUGAUGCCAUAUCUGAAGACAUGCAUUUUAGAUUUGCUUUAGUUGAUUCUUCCAGACAUUAAUCUUCAUUAGUCACACUUAGAUAUAAGGGAAUAUUUUGUUUUUCCCUCUGUAGGUUUUUCCAACUUUCUUUUUGCUUUUAAACUAGGAUACUGGUAGUUGUGGUGUCCGAAUGGUUGUGC